UCGAUCUCACGCUUUUUUCAAUUUCAUGGUGUAAAUACAAAUGUAAACGCGUGAAACUCAAUAGAGUUGAUACACUUUAUAAUCCUUACGCCCUCAUUGCUUGUUAUAUUAUAUAUAUGAGUUGAGUUCACUUGUUGUGUUCAUCUAUACACUGAUUUCUCCAAUGGAUACCUUGUUUGCAAAAAGCUUAUUCAAUCACCUCAAUAUUUCUCACUCUUUUCUCCUUUUGUUUUUGGCAUCUACGUAUCUACCUACUGCUGUGAUCUGCUUGGGUGGUAUCGGAGUUCCGAGCAGUGGCACUGUGAAACCAUUAUGCAUUGAGGAAGAAAGGCGAGCGCUUGUCAGCUUUAAACAACACCUUGUUGAUCCUUCUGGUAGGCUUUCUUCUUGGGUGGGUCAUGAUUGCUGUCAAUGGGAAGGCCUUUCAUGCAACAACCACACCGGUCAUGUCGGCAAGAUGGACCUCCGGAACACGUAUUCCUUUUUUGAUGGAGAGCAGGGCGAGUCGGCUUAUGAAAAGUCUUGCUUGGGAGGUAAGAUAAAUGCUUCUUUGCUUAGCUUGAAACAUUUAAAAUACCUGGACCUAAGCAAUAACGAUUUUCAUGGCACUCGCAUUCCGAUGUUCUUUGGGGAGCUUAAAAGUUUGCAAUAUCUCAAUCUCUCCUUUGCAUCAUUUGAGGGAGAGAUUCCCCCUUCUCUUGGUAACCUGUCAAGUUUGGAUAUUCUUGAUCUCGGGGUAAAUUACCUCUUACGUUCUAGAAACAUGACUUGGCUUUCUCACCUCUCUUCCCUAAAAUACCUUAAUCUCAAUUACCUGGACCUUAGCCUCACAGGAGUCAGUUGGGCAUAUGAUUUUAACAUGCUUCCUUCAUUGUUAGAGUUACACUUAUCUUCCUGCCAAAUUGAAAGCAUUCCACUCUCAUUGCAGACGAUUAACUUCCCUCCACUCUCACUACAAAGGAUUAACUUUACAUCACUUUUGGUCCUUGAUAUGUCGAAUAACAAUAUUAAAAGUUCAUUUCCCAGUUGGUUUUUUAACCUUACCAGCCUCGUAACACUUGAUCUAUCUGGAAAUGAUUUGAGUGAUCAUUUUCCGAGUGAAUUUGCAAACUUCAAAUCUCUGGAAUAUCUUGAUUUGUCUUCUACGGGCCUAAUCGGUCAAAUUCCCAAGGAAAUUGGAAAGAUGUGCAAGCUAAAGUUUUUAAGUCUUACCCAAAACAAUUUUGAUGGGGGAAUGGAAGAGUUUUGGAAGAGUUUCUCAAGUUGUCCAAAUAAUACAUUGGAGUCACUAGAUUUAUCCUUUUGUUCGAUGCAAAGCCAACUGCCAGCCUCCUUAGGAAUGUUAAAAAGUUUGCAGUAUCUCAACCUUAUGUACAAUAAUUUGUGGGGCUCAAUUCCAAAUUCCAUUGGAAACUUGUCAUCCUUGAAAACAUUGGUCCUCUCUGAUAAUAAUAUGAAUGGCUUCAUUCCACAAAGUAUGGGGCAACUCAUUAAUCUAGUUUCCCUAAAUCUGUUUUAUAAUUCAUGGGAAGGCAUUCUCACAGAAGCCCAUUUCAUAAAUCUUACUAGAUUACAAGAUUUUCAAAUAGGAGAUACAAAACGACCAAUGUCCCUCAUUUUCAACAUGGCUUACAAUUGGGUUCCUCCUUUCAAGCUCCACACAAUUGUGAUCCUAAAUUGUCGGGUAAGUCAUGGUUUUGGGGUAUGGCUUCAAUCUCAAACUAAACUAGUGGACGUCACUCUUCGUGGUAAUGAAUUCUCUGAAGAUUCCAUACCAGAGGAAUGGUUGUUGAAGAUAUCUUCCCAAGUAAUUUGGCUAGAUUUGUCUUACAAUCAAUUUCGUGGAAACUUUCCAUCCCAUUUGAAAUUUCCAAAUUUAUAUUCUAUUGAUUUGAGUCAUAAUCAUUUAGAGGGCCCACUCCCACUUUUUUCGUCCACUAAAGUCAUUGCCCUUUUUCUUGAAAAUAAUUUAUUUUUCGGGCCAAUUCCCUCAAAUAUUGAUCAGAUGAUGCCCGGUUUGCAAAGUUUGUAUCUUUCUGAGAAUCAUUUAAAUGGCACUAUUCCUCCCUCUAUCAGCAACUUGCAGCAGUUGCAAGCCUUGUCUUUAAGGAACAAUCAAUUUUAUGGAGAAUUGCCUCGUGCGUGGAUUGUGGGGAGCAAUAUAGUGAUUCUAGAUGUUGGUCACAACAAUCUCUCUGGUAAUAUUCCCACUUCAUUAGGAGUAUUAAGUUCACUGCUAAUAUUAAAGCUCAACAACAACAGUUUUGGCGGUGAAAUUCCUGAUUCCUUGCAAAAUUGUUCUCGUUUAGGGAGUAUUGAUCUGGGUGACAACAAGUUAUUUGGGAACAUACCUCUAUGGAUAGGGGGAUCAAAUGUAUUCAUGUUGUAUAGGCUACGGUUACGGUCCAACUAUUUGAGUGGACAUAUUUCUCAGAAUCUAUGCAAUCUUCGAAACCUUCAUAUCCUCGACCUUAGUCACAACAAUCUUUCAGGUACUAUUCCCAUGUGUUUAAAUAAUUUGACUUCGAUGGUCAAUGGUUCAGAUACAAACUUUACUACUUAUAUUGAGGAAGCCACACUGACACUAAAAGGAAGCGAACUUGUGUACACCACGACUCUAAAUCUUGUAAAGAGCAUUGAUCUUUCAUCAAAUAAUUUACAAGGUGGAAUCCCUGAAGAAAUAAGUAGCCUCAUUCUGUUAGGCACCUUGAAUUUGUCCAUGAAUCAAUUGACUGGAAAGAUCCCUUUCAAGGUCGGAAACUUGCAUUGGCUCGAAACUCUUGAUCUUUCACACAACCACCUGACAGGACAGAUUCCUCAAAGCUUGUCAUCUUUAACCUUUUUGUCCCACUUGAACUUGUCUUGCAACAACUUGUCCGGAAUAAUUCCUUGGGGACACCAGCUUCAAACGCUCAAUUUUUCGUCCAUUUAUAUGGAAAAUCCAUCACUAUGUGGUGUUCCUCUUUCAACUAAGUGCCCCGAAGAUAAAACUUUUACUGCUGAGGAUGCAAAAGACAAGAAUGAAGAUGAAAAUGACAAGUUGUGGUUCUAUGUCAGCUUGGGACUUGGAUUUAUCGUAGGUUUUUGGGGCGUUUGCGGCACAUUGGUCUUAAAGACAUCAUGGAGGUAUGCCUAUUUUCAAUUCUUCGACAACAUCAAAGAUAAGAUAGCACUAGCAGUUGCAUUGAAAGUGACUCGUUUUCAAAGGUUUUUUUUUCCUGAAGUUUGAUUGUACUAUAUGUAUGUGAUGUUUUUCCCUUUCUGUUUUGUGUUUUUCGUACUUGCAACUUAUGUAUUGAAUAAAAGAAUUUUAUUUCUCAAUAAAUGUUCUGACAAACAA